AUGGCCGCACCCCGCGAGGUAUUCGUUAUAGGCACAAUGGACACUAAAUCCGAGGAGCUCCUCUUCCUCGUGUCGCAGCUCAAACGGUCCCUUACCUCCUUAACCACGGCCGAACCGCCAUUUUCCAUCUCUAUAAUCGACGUCUCCGCGUCUCCGUCAUCCGCGGCUCUCGUUACAAGCACAACAUUCCCUACAAUCUCCGUCUCCGACGCCCUCGCGUCGAAUCCAGGCGCCGCCGCGAAAUCCGCCGCGUCUCUCGCCGCGGAUCGCGGAGAGGCGGUGCAGGCGGUGAGCGACGCGCUGAAGCGCUUCGUGCGUGGGAAGUGGGACGCGGGCGUGCUGGCGGGCGCGGCGGGGAUCGGGGGGAGCGGCGGAACAGCCAUCAUUGCGCCCGCGCUUAGGGAACUGCCCGUCGGUGUUCCCAAGAUUAUUGUUUCCACCGUCGCCAGCGGCAACACGGCGCCAUACGUGGGCACGUCCGACCUGCUACUGCUGCCGUCAGUGGCGGACGUGGCGGGGCUAAACGCCAUUCUCCGCGCUGCCCUCUCCUCCGCCGCCGCUGCCCUCGCCGGCAUGCUGCUCCUGCGCGCCCUGCCCGCCGCCCAACCGCCCUCCACCGCUCUGCCUUCCUCUGCGCCAGUAACAGUGGGGAUCACGAUGUUUGGGGUCACUACCCGGUGCGUUACGGAGGUGCAGCGACUGCUCGGCAGCAAUGGGAGCAAGGGCGGCAAGGGAGGAGCAGGGGAGGGUGGCGCAGGGGGGGUCGAGACAGUGGUGUUCCAUGCGACGGGCACGGGAGGAAGGGCCAUGGAGGAGAACGUUGCCUCUGGCCUCAUUCAGGUCCCCUCUCCGUACUCCCUCUCCGUACUCCCUCUCCGUACUCCCUCUCCGUACUCCCUCUCCGUACUCCUCCCUCUCCGUACUCCUCCCUCUCCGUACUCCUCCCUCUCCGUACUCCCUCUCCGUACUCCCUCUCCGUACUCCCUCUCCGUACUCCCUUUCCUGUCCUCCCGACCUGCUUCUCUAAGAUCGAGCAGAGACCGUGGUGCUGUGCUGGACAUCACAACAACAGAGGUGGCGGAUUUCAUAGUGGGCGGCACCAUGCCGUGCCUGCCCACCAGGUUUGAUGCCGCCAUCCACAGGAAGGUUCCUCUCGUGCUCAGCCUGGGGGCGCUCGACAUGGUCAACUUCGGAGAAGCUUCCUCCGUGCCCAAGGAGUUUGACGGGCGCACCCUCCACGUGCACAACCCGCAGGUCACCCUCAUGCGCACAACGGCCGACGAGAACCGUCGGAUCGCGCAGUUCAUUGCGGGCAAGAUGAACCAAUCAGAGGCGCUCGUGACACUACUAAUACCUGAGGGGGGCCUGUCCGCUCUAGACGCCCCAGGCAUGGCCUUUUGGGACCCUGCUGCUGACGCUGCUCUGUUCGAAGAGCUGGAGAAGCAAGUGGUGCAGACGGAUAGCAGGAAGGUGGGUAGAGGGUUGAUGGGGGUGAAAGAGAUAGAGUGCGGUACACAUGAGUGCAAUGGAGUGGGUGGGCUGUCGGCCCUAGACGCCCCGGGCGUGGCCUUCUGGGACCCUGCUGCUGACGCUGCUCUGUUCGAGGAGCUGGAGAAGCAAGUGGUGCAGACAGACAGCAGGAAGGUGGGUAAGGUGAAGGGUGUGAGGGAUGGAAUGUGGUGCAGUGUGGUUCUGUUUGUGGGCUCUGUGGCUGAUGCUGGUCUGUUUGGGAGUCUUGAGCAAGAGAUCAUUCGCCUGCCCCACCACAUCAACGACCCUGCCUUCGCUGCUGCCCUCGUCAAUGCUCUCCUGCCCCUCCUCCCAUCCACCCAGCCCCACUCACCUCCUCCUCCUUCCCUUCCCACUGCUUCUACCGCUGACCCCUCUGCUCCCGCCACUACUCCCCCACCCGCUGAACCAACCACCAUCACAACCACCUCCACCUCUCCAUCCCCUUCCGCACCCCUCCCCACCACUCUCAACCCACCCCCUGCUUUCGACCUCAGCCCGAUCCCCUGGCUGGUCGACCGCCGCACCGCCAUCCUGGACUCCCUGCGGUUCCAAGUGGCGGCAGGGAGGGCGAUCAUAGGGGGCGGGGCGGGCACGGGGAUAAGCGCCAAGUGCGAGGAGAUGGGGGGCGUGGACCUCAUUGUGAUCUACAACUCGGGCCGCUUCCGCAUGGCUGGCAGGGGGUCGCUGGCGGGGCUGCUGCCGUUUGCCGAUGCCAAUGCUGUGGUGGAGGACAUGGCUAAAGAGGUUCUCCCGGUAAUCAAGUCAGUGCCAGUGCUAGCAGGCGUGUGCGCCACGGACCCCUUCCGCCAGAUGCCUCUCUUCCUGCGCCGCCUCGCCGCCCUCGGCUUCGCGGGCGUCCAAAACUUCCCCACAGUGGGCCUCUACGAUGGCUCUUUCCGCACCAACCUAGAGGAGACCAACAUGGGGUACCCGCUGGAAGUCUCCAUGAUUAAAACGGCUAGUCUCCUGGGUUUCCUCACGACGCCGUAUGCGUUCAACGAGGAGGAGGCGCGGAGCAUGGCGGGCGCGGGGGCGGAUGUGGUGGUGGCGCACAUGGGGCUGACGGCAGCGGGCAGCAUAGGGGCGAGAACGGUGUGCUCUUUGGAGGAGGCGGUGGGGCGAGUGCAGCGCAUGGCUGACGCUGCUAGAGGGGUCAAUCCCAACGUCCUAGUGCUGUGCCAUGGUGGUCCCAUCAGUGGGCCACAGGAAGCGCGGUACAUUCUGCAGAACACGCGGGGCGUGCACGGCUUCUACGGCGCGUCCAGCAUGGAACGGCUGCCCGUGGAAACUGCAAUCACGGAGAACCUCAAGGCAUACAAGGCCAUUCGCUUGUCUUCCUAA